AGGACUGACUGGGUGUGUCUGUAGUCUGUGAAAUCGAGUCAUUUCUCUGGAGCAGCAGUCGUGUAGAGUCAUGCCUUUUUACGGCUUCAUCUCUCCAGUCUUCCUGCUGUAUAGGAUUUAGCUUAUAUUUGUGGUAAUUGGAAUUUUUGGAACUUCUUCACAGAAGAAAGAAACUCAAACAGGUUUGGAACAACAUGAGGAAUUCCCAACCCAACCAUGGGGCAUCUGAAUGAAGGGAAUAACACGAACUGCUCCAUCAGUGAAUUCAAGCGCACCGUCUACCCAGUUGCCUAUCUGUUCAUCUUUUCCCUUGGGCUUAUUGGAAACCUCAUGUCCCUGUUUUUCUUCAUUUCCUCUUCAUUGAGAAGAAAAGCAUAUUUUUCCCCAGUCAAUAUCCUCAUGCUCAAUCUUCUUCUAUCUGAUCUGAUGAUGGUGUGCUCGUUGCCCUUCCGAGCUGCUUACUAUCUCAUGGAAUCCGACUGGGCCUUCGGAGACGUCACCUGUCGGAUCAUGUCCUACGUCUUCUACAUCAACAUGUACGGCAGCGUCUACUUCCUCAUGGUUCUGAGCAUGGUACGCUUUGUUGCCAUCGUGAAGCCGUUCACAUACGUGCGCUGGCAAAAUUCUCGGAGAGCCUGGACGAUAAGCAUCGUCAUCUGGCUGAUUGUGUCCCUGACGUCCAUCCCGCUUCUGGGAGCUGGAACUUCGAUUGAGUCUGGACGAAUCAAAUGCCUGGAACUGAACCAGUCCCAUUUGAAGACCAUUAUCAUGUUGAAUCGAUGCGUCUUGUUUUUAGGCUUUGUUAUGCCCUUCACGGUCAUCUCGGUCUGUUACAUUUUUGCGGCCUUGUAUCUGCUAAAGCUCAAGAAGACCAGGCAGAAUCAAAGAUCUCAGUUGAAUCACAAGAAGUCCUGUUCUCUCGUGAUCAUAGUUCUGCUGAUUUUCCUCGCGUGCUUUAUGCCGUAUCACGUCGUCCGAACUCUGUUUUUGGAGGCGGAGAUGGAUAUUAGUAACAAAGGUUACGGAGAGUCCUGCCAUUAUAUUCAAAGCCUGAGAAAGGCCGCGGUCAUCACACACUGUCUGGCUUCGGGAAACAGUUGCCUGGAUCCGCUGCUUUUCUUUUUCGUAGGGGAAAACUUUAUUAGCUUUUGGAGACAGCAUACACCCAGAAGACAGAGUUGUAUAAUUGAGCAGAAUGUGAAAGUGUCAGAGAAGAUAAACAACGAUAUAGAGCGACGAUUCAGACGGAUAUAGAGUGUUUGGAACCUGUCGGGACUUGAGAGGGAAAUUCCUAAAAAAAAAAAACUAUAUCUGUGUUGGAUCUGUGGUCCCAUGCUGGAAGAACUCGAUUAACCUCCAGUAAGCCACAAUAGCUUUGUUUCCAUUCAAAGUUGUGAACUGAACUAAUGUGAAUAUUGCAUAAAACAUUAUAAUAGCGAAUAAAUCAGUGUUUGUGUAAUUUACCAAAUCCUUGUGAGGACAGACUUCGGCUCUGGAAUUUCAGAAUGACUAAAACAACUCAAAUAUUACUUAAAUAUUUAUAAUAUCUCAGUUGUUUCUCCUAGAGAUUAAAUCGAGCCUUCUGCUUUUCGGAUGUUUCUCCUGAGGAAAAAGAUGUGUUUUAGACAAUGUCUCACAAUGUCUAAAUUUUAUUGUAUGUCAACAUUGGCUAAUUUUUUUCUUUUUUUUUUUUUUUUUUACAGAUAGAUAACCCCAAAAUCAACCUAUUAACUUUUAUUGUAUGGAAAAAAACGUUUCCUUUGUGUUUUUGAGUGUACUAUCCCUUUAAGGUAUUAAAGGUAUUUUAAGGUAUUAUCAGUGAAUUUUGAGUCAAAAUGGAUUUUUAAACAAAACAAAAUUGUCCUGAGCUAUAAAAAGAUACUUAAUACCCUUCUAGAAAACAUACACUAGUAAUUUAUUGUAUUUUUGUAAAGACUUACUUGACAGAAAGUGCUCACAUGUGUACAGUUCAGUUAAAGUACAGAUUUAGUACUGGUAAUAUAUUUCCCAGUCAAAAGUUUUGAUGUCUAUCACUUAUUGUUCAUGUCAUAAUGUUGUAAAUGUUUCAAAGAUUGUUUUUACUGCUUCUAUCUAUCUAUCUAUCUAUUCAAUGUAACAUAACUGUAAAUAAUACAAUAUUUCUGAAACUGAUCUGCCUAUCUAUGAAAUAAUUAGUAUUCUAAUUAUUUCUCAUUAUGCAGUUGUUUAUGAUAUGAUUUUUUUUUUUACUACAACUGUUAUAAUUGUAUUAAAUGUAUUAAUUAUAUGUGUGUCAUAAAUCUAUGAUUAUA